CCUUUCGAGAACCUUCUUCUUUUGCCGAUUCAUCUGCGGCUUCUCCUCGAUGCCUCGGUCGAAGAUCCGUCGCCGCAGCUCCCGCAGUCGCACUUCUGGUCGUGCCACAGCUCCAGAAGUUCCGGUGAGCAACAAGCCGUCCUCUUCUGGUCGUCCUACAGUUGUAGCAGGUCCGGUGUGCAACCCACCUCAAAAAGAGCGCUCUGCGCCUCCACCUGCUCCCGCUCAGGCAAGAGAAUCACCCCUUGGCUCAUUUGUUGCCACCAUUAAGGAAGGGUUCGGCUUUGGUGCCGGGAGUGCCCUCGCGCAUCGGGCAAUUGAAGCUGUUCUAGGUCCUCGUUCCAUUAAACUUGAGACUGUAGUCUCUCCAGCCCCAACGGCUCCUCCUCCUGUGAAUGCCUCUUUGGAAUCUGAUGCUUGCAAUAUCCAUUCUAAAGCCUUCCAGGACUGCGUCAACAACUUUGGGAGUGACGUCAGCAAAUGCCAGUUUUACUUGGACGUGCUCAACGAGUGUCGCCGUGGAUCUGGUGCUGUUGUUAGCGCGUAGUGUUUGAUCUCUUUCAAAUAAAUUGUCGUUCAGCAUUAUGGUUAGGAUUGAUCUUAUGAAACAGCACUUGGAUUUCUAUGCGACGUACAUUCAUAAUUUGAUUGGAAGCAAGUAGUACACGAACUCUCUUUUGAUUUCGGUAAUGAAGUUGAGUCCCAAUUCAAAUGUGGUA